AUGGAAAUUGAUCCAUCUGAAGGAGAAUACUCCAAAGAAGCCGCCUUGUUAAGCCAGAUAACCACCAAUAGCCCUUUAUCAUCUUCAGUGGCUAAGCUGUCCGGGUCAUCCAGAGGCAUUCCUUACGAAAAAGAUUUCCAUUUUUACAAGAAUUUCGCUGAAUUCAAGGACCCCGUUAAAGAAAUAGAUGAGAAAUCGAAAACCCUUUUGGAAAGGAUUGGCGUUUCUUCACAGUUGUGGGGGAAAGGAAAAGAUUAUCCGUCGGGGCUUGUUAUAGAUGAUUUUGAUGGUUAUGAUUGGUUGGUGGACUUAAACGACGACGUUCUUGAGAAGCUUGACGCUUCCAUUGAUGAGUUCAAGGUUGCUAGGGAAGCGGAUAGUGGAUUUCAAGUGGUUAAAAGCAGGAAGAAUAAGAGAGCCAUGAAUAACAGUGAAGAUGGGGGUUUUUUGGAUGGACUGGUUCAAGUGGCUGCGAAGCCGAAGCCUAAAAUUCCAUUUCACAUACCUUCAAUCCCGCGGCCCCAGGAUGAGUACAAGAUUUUAGUGAAUAAUAUGAAUCAGCCCUUUGAGCAUGUUUGGUUGCAAAGAAGUGAGGAUGGUACUCGGUUCAUUCAUCCUUUGGAGAAUUGUUCGGUGUUGGACUUUGUUGAUAAAAAUAUCAGCAGCCUUACUCCAAAGAAACCUGAACCCCUACAGUCAACGCCGUUCAAGCUUGUGCAAGAUGUCAAAGAUUUAAAGCACUUAGCUGCCAAGCUAAAAAGUGUGGAUGAGUUUGCGGUUGAUUUGGAGCAUAAUCAGUACCGAUCUUUCCAAGGACUCACAUGUCUAAUGCAAAUAUCUACAAGGACUGAGGACUUUAUUAUUGAUACACUCAAGCUUCGCAUUCAUGUUGGUCCAUAUUUGAGGGAAGUUUUCAAAGACCCGACCAAGAAAAAGGUGAUGCAUGGAGCAGAUCGAGAUAUUGUGUGGCUUCAACGUGACUUCGGAAUAUAUGUUUGCAACUUGUUUGACACUGGACAGGCCUCAAGGGUAUUGAAAUUGGAACGGAACAGUCUGGAGUAUUUGCUGCAUCAUUUCUGUGGAGUUACUGCUAAUAAGGAAUACCAAAAUGCUGAUUGGAGAUUACGACCACUUCCUGCUGAGAUGGUCAGAUAUGCGAGAGAAGAUACACACUACCUUCUGUACAUAUACGAUUUAAUGCGGAUAAGGUUGGCAUCAGAAGCUACUGACUCUGAAAGUGCUGAUCCUCCUCUUGUAGAGGUAUACAAGCGCAGCUAUGAUAUUUGCACACAGCUUUAUGAGAAGGAGCUUCUGACAGAGAGUUCGUUUCUUCAUAUUUAUGGAUUGCAGGAUGCAGGUUUCAACGCUCAGCAGCUUUCUGUUGUUGCUGGUCUAUGUGAAUGGAGAGAUGUUGUGGCUCGUGCUGAAGAUGAGAGUACUGGUUUUGUAUUGCCGAAUAAAACUCUCCUUGAAAUUGGUAUCAGCUUGCGGCGGUCAUUGAAAUCAAAGCAUCCCUAUAUAGAUCGCAAUCUUGCUUCUGUUCUUAACAUCAUUAGGCACUCAAUGAAAAAUGCUUCAGCAUUUGAAGAGGUUGCUGAACAAUUAAAGCAACGACAUACAGAAAAGGCAAUUGAAAAUUCUUUGGUUACUGAAGGCUCUGAAGUUUCUCCCUCUGAGUUCCCUGAAUUAGCGGGUACAAUGGCUGAGGCAGUUGUCACUGGCACUGAGUCGAAGAAUACUGAAUCACAGAGUUUACUUGCAUCUACACAGAAACAAAAUAAGGUGCUUCAGUCAGAAAGUUCAACUAUUGGAGUGACUGUUCAGGUGCAGAAGAAGCCAAACCGUGCUUUCGGUGCCCUUCUAGGAGGUUCUGGGAAGAGGAGGAAUGCAUCUGAUAGAAAGGAGGAUUCAAAACUGGAGCAGAUAAAGUCCUCGGUGAACCUUCCUUUCCAUACAUUUGUUGGCAGCGAGGAAGGCCUGCAUUCGAUGGUUGAACUAAAUGCUAUGCCAGUGGACAAUCCACACAGAGAGGAGCCCAUGGCUAAUGGUGCAGAAGAUUUUAUAUCAUUGGUGAAGGAUUCAGCAAAUACAGGUGCAGCAGUUGAGAAUGAAUCAAUGGAGGAUGAUGAAGAUAAAGCUGCAGCAGUUGAGAAUGAAUCUAUGGAGAAUGAGGAAGAUAAAGCUGCAGCAUCUGAAAAUGAAUCUGCUGAGAAUAAGGUAGAUAAAGCUCUAGGUUCUUCGUCAGAUGUUAAAGAUGGAGACGAGACAUCUGCAUUACGAGCUGGUUUCGAGAAGUUGGCUACCAAAGGUUUUCUGCAAAUAGAGCCAUUUGACUAUGAAGCUGCAAGGAAGCAGGUAAUAUUUGGUGAGGAUCCUGGCCGAGAUUCGGGGCCUGGGGAUGCUGACCAUGGUAGGAACAGGAUUGAUAAAGCAGAUAAAAGAAAUAGUUCUUUUCCGGGGGAUUUACCGCAGGGUAGGAGGCGCCAGGCAUUUCCAUCGUCAGGGAAUCGAAGUGCUACUUUCCGGUGA